AGUUUUCCAGCAUCCUGACUGGCUGGUGACUAAAAAUCGGCCAUCUUGAAUUGUAGAGGCAGGACGGAUUGAUGUGGUGGCACGCAAAAUGUUUGGUGCCAACAGAAAGAAGUUUAUGGAGAGCAGUGUUGACAGCGAAUAUGUGGACGAGCCCAGCCUCUACUACAGCCAGCAGUCCAUGUUCGCCCCACACCGCACAGACAAAGAUAUGCUGUCAUCAUCCUCGGCUUCCUCUACGGGUCAGCUGUCACAGCUCGGGGCCAGUUUGUACGGUCCGCAGAGUACUUUGGGGUUUCCUAUUCGUGGAUUGAACAGCAGUGCGGCCCCUCCAUUAAGUCGAAGCAGCCUGAACCAAUCCGCUAACCAGCUCACUGGUCAUUCCGGUUCACCCAGCACCGGCACGCUGAACACACCUCCAUCGCCAAGCAGGGGAAUCCUGCCCAUGAGCAGCCGGCUGAACCACAGUCAGCAGGUUGGGGGCAGCACGGGGCAGGUGGGUGGCAUAGGAGGAGGAGACAGAGGAGGGGGAGGAAGGAGCGGCAGCAUGGGGAGCCCGAGUCGGUCGUCACCAAGUAUCAUCUGCAUGCCCAAACAGCAGCAAUCACGGCAGCCUUUCACUAUUAACAGUAUGUCAGGGUUUGGAGUGAACAGGAAUCCAGGAUUCAACAUGAACAACUCUCUGUCCAACAACAUCUUUAAUGGCACUGACGGCAGUGAGAAUGUGACCGGGCUAGACCUGUCAGACUUCCCUGCCUUGGCAGACAGGAGUCGACGGGAUGGAGGUUCGAACCCUACGCCGCUGCUCAACCCGCUGGCCGGGCGGGCGCCCUACGUCGGUAUGGUAACCAAGCCAUCUAGUGAGCAGUCGCAGGACUUCUCCAUCCACAAUGAAGAUUUCCCAGCUCUCCCAGGGCCAAACUACCAAACAAAAGACUCCUCCAGCACCAGUGAUGACAGCAAAACAAAUCUAAACUCAUCAGGGAAACUUGCCUCUAACUCAGAUGGUCCAAAGUUCCCCGGCGAUAAGAGCGCCGUGGUCCAGAGCAACAACAACCAGAAGAAAGGCAUUCAAGUUCUACCCGAUGGCCGUGUUACCAACAUCCCUGUUGGCAUGGUAACGGACCAGUUUGGAAUGAUUGGCUUGUUGACAUUCAUUCGUGCAGCAGAGACGGACCCCGGAAUGGUCCACCUGGCUCUGGGCUCUGACCUCACCACGCUCGGCCUCAACCUCAACUCCCCAGAGAAUCUGUAUCCUAAAUUUGCGUCUCCAUGGGCGUCGGCGCCAUGUCGGCCGCAGGACAUAGACUUCCACGUGCCCUCAGAGUACCUGACAAACAUCCAUAUUCGGGACAAGUUAGCAGCCAUUAAGUUGUCUCGUUAUGGUGAAGAUCUGCUGUUUUAUCUCUACUAUAUGAAUGGAGGAGACCUGUUACAACUCCUGGCUGCUGUGGAACUCUUCAACAGGGACUGGCGAUACCAUAAAGAGGAGCGGGUUUGGAUCACCCGGGCGCCGGGCAUGGAGCCAACGCUGAAGACCAACGCCUACGAGAGAGGGACCUACUACUUUUUUGACUGCCUCAACUGGAGGAAGGUGGCCAAGGAGUUUCAUCUGGAGUACGACAAACUAGAAGAAAGACCUCACGUUCCUUCCACCUUUAACUACAACCCUGCCCAGCAAGCUUUCUGAUUGGUCUUCUCUCUUUCAUGCCAGCCUGUGAUUGGCCCUCUUGGCUCAUCAAUCAUCAUCUACCUGAAGACGCCGUAAUGUUGGUCGUCGGUUGCAGCCUUUGGGUUUCCUGGAGGUCUUUUUUUUUUUUUUAGGGCCACUCAGUUAGAAUCUAGCCAAUAAGAACACGGGAUGUGAGUGUCAGCCACACCCCUCACCUCUGAAUAGACUUUAAAUUUUUUGUCUUUUUUUUUUUUUUUACCUCAUUCUUUUGUUGGCCGGCCUCUGUAUGUUUGGUUAUUUGUUACAGAGACAAAAACAUUGUCAGGUUUCUGUUCGGUCGUAUAAAUACAGAUUAUUUUGUUUUUUAUUUUAACAAGAGCCAGAUUUUAAAUCAGAACACUGGAUAAAUCAGCCAUCGGGAUUCAUCUUGUCACGCUUAAAAAAGAAAAAAGAGGUUUUUUGUUGUUGUUGUUUUUUAAAUUAGGUUUCGUACCAGCACACAGCAAGAAAAUGUGAUGAACGUUGUAGCACUAUUUUAUAAUAACAGAGGACACUUUUAUUUUUUCUUUCGGAGGGUUGUUGGUGUUACUGGGUGACGUUUGACACAACGCAGUCGAGUCUUGUUUUAAAGACUCGUCCAGUUGGUUUUUCACUGCAGCUUAUUGAUCGCUCAUAACAGGAGCUCCCCCCCAUUCGUCGCUCGCUGGUGUGACUUGGACUUUUUUUUUAAUUGACUGUUAAUAUUUUUUACCAAUCAGAUUAAAGUUAAGAUUAUUAAUAAAGUUUUGUGCUGCUGUCAGCAGUAAUCAAAAGUAGAAAAGUCCUCGUUAGAGGGAGUCCCUCGUCCACCUGCCUACCACAGAGAUGACUAUAAAGAUCUAUUGUUUAGAAAUAUUUGUGCGUCCAAAACAAAAAUAUGGUUUAUGUUCCAAACCAGAAUUGAGCUUUUCACCAGUUUCUAUAAAAAUGUGAUGAUUUGGUUUUGAGGAAUAAACAGGUUGUGUUAGUAAUUUGACAGCAAAAUAUUUGGAAUAAAUCUGCAUAAAAUUUAUUUUAAUUUCCUGUGAUUAUUGGAGCAAUCUGAUGAUCACAAACCGUCUUGAUACCGCUGACCUUUAACGCAAUGGAAGGAAAUGGAAUCCAAAAUGGGGACUAGUAAUCCAUCUUGGAAUAUAAUCUGUUCCAAAGAAUAUGUACUGAAUACUGCAAAGGCAUUAACAUCAAGUACCUGUGAACUUGUUAUUCUGGUUGGGAACUGAACAAGUAAAUUGAUUAACCAAGUCCAGCUGCCACAGUGGAGCCUCAAGCCAGUUAGCGUGUCUAGUUAGCAUGUAGAUGCCUAAAACCUGUGCUUGGUGAUCUUGUUUGCAGGCAACUGACAUGUUUUUGCUAAUGUGUUUAUUGCGCAAGAUGGGGCGGGUAUGCAGUUACUGAUUUUACGAAAUAACCUCAGAAAACAUGCAGAAUCUGCUGUUGCUAGCUUUGGUAAAUUGGCGGGCCGAAAAAUCACAUAUAUUGCACAAAUGUGAUGUCAAUGCCAAGUUAAUAAUAUUAUUAACUGGGAGGUACCUUGUUUACAAAUAAGCUAAAUAAGCUACAUGCUAAACUAGCUUAGCAUCUUUGGUACAUUACUAGCAAAGAUGCUAACAUGGCAAUAAAUUGACAGCUUUUUGAUGGUGAUGUAUUUGCAGUGUCCCACAAAUGGUGGUAAAUUUUAUUGAUCUGUUUUUGAACUGUUUAAUGUAUCGAUUAGCCUAACGUGGCUAGCUACAGUGAAGGCCAUUUUGGCCUUUGUUGACGUUGGUUACGUUAGAAGUCAGCAGCUUGUGAUUGUUUGUCAACAUCGCUGUGUAAAAAGCAGCAACCUUGUUGCUUGUUUGAAGAUGACGCAGAAUCGAGGAACCCAAGUGCUCACCGUCGCCUUCGUCGAUAGAAUAACGUUUAACAGACGAAACGUGUCAGCGCAUUGCUGCCUUUUUGUCCAAAUUUCUCUUUAUUUUCUCCCCUCACCGUUCGGCUGUUGCUCAGUUCAUUCAUACAAGUUUUUUUUUUUUUUUUUCUUCUCACGUUGAUUUGUGCCGUACCAAUGUGUCCUGAUGUGGAAGCUGUGUGAAUUUUAGUCCACAUGAUCCAGAUGAUUCCCGCUGGCCACCACUACGUGAUGCAAACAGACUUUGAGUGGCCAUAGAAACCACCGCUAUGCUUAUAGGGGACCACGACCGACUCCACUGCCUCCGCAAGCUUUUUGAUGAAAAUCUGUAACGGUGAUGUCACCACGACUACAGGGGCCAGGUUGUUCACACUGGGACAGUAGCAAGCCAAGGAUAUGCCCACAACCCACGUGACCUGUUUGCGAGGAUUUGACUGGAGGACUGAGGCACUUGGCCGUUGGCUGUUUUGUUAAAUAUGGCAGCUAGUGUUUUAAUAGGAAAAUAAAAAAUAUUCUGGUAAUGAAAGUGA